CUUCUCUUCCUGAUUUUUCUCUCUCCCUUUCUUCCAAUCCCCUAUUUUUGUUUCUCUGUGCCUGGAAAGUGUUUGAUGAAAAUCCAAUAAGGCUGGAAGGGCAGUAUUAAUCUAUGUUAGUCAUCUGAUUUCUUUUUUCUAUUAUUUAGUUCCAGUAGAAAAUAACAAGUUGAGUAGACCGACUAGCUUUUUGCAAUUUAGGUAUUGAAGAAGAUCAUCGUGACUGCUUUUUCUUUCAUGCAAUAGUUCAGGUUUAUUGUUCUUAGUUUUUCUGUAGUGGUUAAUUUGAUUGCUAUGGAUUAAAAUCUAGAGCUACCUUAUAAUACUGCUUGAAAAUAGCUUUGGCUCUUCACACAUGGGAGUAAUAGGCACUGUUCAAGAAGGCGCUACUAGGCGCUCGCCUAGGCGCGCUUAAGCUCUGGGCGCUGGCAUAGCGCCUCGCUUUGGACCUAGGCGCUCAGAAAAGCGCCCAGAAAGGUCCUCCGGCAAGAAAUCGUGUUUCUCAGGCAGGAAAUCAAUCUCCCCAGCCAGGAUUUGACCUCCCCAGCAAAGAUCCAUCCUCCCCGACGAGGAUUCAACCAAUCCAGCAACAAAUCAACUGAUUCCGGCGAGAGAUCAAGCAUUUCCGGUGAGAAAUCGACUGAUUCCGGCGAGGGAUCAAGCAUCUCCGGUGAGAAAUCGAGCUUCACUGGCUGACUGGUUCCCAUGUGCAGCAAGGGAGAGAGGAAGGAGAGAGGCGGCGUGAGGUGGAUCCCUAAUUUUCUGUCGACUGUGCACGUAUGGGAGGCUUUAGUAGGAGAAUUGAAUAGAUGGGCCAGUGGUUUAAUGGGCCAGAUCAGCCCAUCUACCUUGUUUCUUCAUGCUACAGUGGAAACGCCUAGGCGCGCCUAGGCGACGCAUAAGCGGGUUGUGCGCAAGUAGGUCACAAAACGCAUAAGUAACGCCCAGCGCCUUCUUGAACUUUGGUAAUAGGACAGUUUGCGUUCCUAAUUUUCUUUUCUCUGUAUAUGUACAUAGUUUUCAGAUUCUAAUUGUUUGCUACUGAAGCUUAUGUUUUUCUUUUUCGGAAUUGGGUGCAUAUGAACAAUGCAACGGAGGUUAUGUUAAUUCCUAGAGUCUUAUAUGUUCUUUUGUCUCCUGGUGAUUACUUUGAAUGGCUGUGUGAGGUAAUAGAGCUAAUAGCUUUUGUUUCUUCAUCACUAUAAACCGUGUCUGAUUUCAAAACUGAGAGCCAUAAAAUAUAUGCAUUAAUCUCUCUUGAUAUUUUCCCAUACGACCAACAUUAAUCUAUGUUGAUGUGUUCUAUGCCAAUUCAUUGCCGAUGGAGUGCCAACAUUAAUCGUAUAUAAAAUUUAGUUCUAACUUGCAAAAAUGUUCUGAUUACUGUUUGUGUGUGUGUGGCUGCACAUCUGUGCCGUUCCAACUGCUCCGUUCUUACUUUGAACACCGAGUUGAGCAGUGGAUCACGCGGGAAAAAAAUCAAACCGCUUCAAAUAAAGAAAUACUCUUCUGAAACUAUGCUCCUCUUAGGACAGACACACCUCCUGUGCAUAUGGUUGCAGGUUGUAUCCAUGCCAAGAUAGCACCUUGUAUGCAUAAUAUGGACCAUAUUUUGAAUAUACGAAAAAUCAAUUUAUUUAGUUUUCUUGCUGUCAGAAUAAGAGCAUGAAACCAACUUCCAUCAAACACAUAUCUGCAGCAUUAUACUAUGUACAGGGUGCAGAUAUAUAUAUUUGUUGACCAAGCAAUUCCCUUCUUCUGAGUAAACGACCAAUAUAUGAUUACCAAUCACCCAAUUUCCUCCCUAUUUUUUUAUUGCAACAUAACAUAUUGUAUUCUCUGUUUUCGAAUCUUAGUGUAAUCUGAUGUGCGAACAGACAUGCCUUUAUUCACAAAAAAGCAGGCAGUGUAAGUGAAGAACACCUAAAACAGAUGGAAAAUGCAAUUACAGACACACCGUCGUUCUAUUUUUCUACAGGAACACAGGUUGCAAUUCCAGUUUCAUCGACGGACUCGCUCACUGCUCUAGAAGGUGCUUUGGCUUGUUUCUCUGACCGAUUUAUUGGGACAUCUCACAUGGAUCUUCAUGCCUCAUAUACCUAUUUUUUAUUCUCUCGUCAAUUCCACAUGUCUGCUCGUCCAUUGCACGGUACUAGAUGGUCCCUGUUAAGUUAAUUCGAGGUGGGUAAGGUUUGAAUCUCUAUAAGACUCACAGUCAGGUACGACUGGAGGCAUAUUAUGCAUGUCUACUGUUAUGAGGUUUCAGUUUUCGACUCUAUGCAAUUCUCGGUGCAAGGGCCCCCGCUUCCUUGUUGUGACGUUGCAGCCUCACCGGCCCUUCUGCAGGCAAGAGUUAUGUCCAGAUGAGCUAACCCUUUACUAUCCAAACCUUCUGAAGGUCAUUAGCUCUGAUUCUUUGGAAAAAAGGUUGAGAGCUAUACACAACAACGCUAAAGAUGGAGCGGCCUGCCAUGUAUUAGGGCAUACACAUUUCUGUUGGGAUUAUGCGGUUGACAAUAUCAGGUAUGUACAAGCGCCUCUGGCAUACCCUCGAGAAAGAAAGCGAAGGAUAAAUGGAGGCCAAGGAUGGCUGCCGUUUUUUGUAUAUUGUGAUGGCUUCAACCCUGAAACAAGAAUAGAAGGGAGCCUGAGAACACUCAGCUUGCGCCAUGGGGAGCCUUGGCGCAGUGGUAAAGCUGCUGCCUUGUGACCAUGAGGUCA